AUGACCCUGGAUACAGAGCUUAUGGAUGACCUUGUUAUUGACGUUGUUGGGGAGGAAAACAAGAACACCGAGGAAGAACAUCUGUCGUCCUUACCUCUGGUGGAUGCGAAAGGCGCCUCAGACCACGAGAUAGACAGAAGAGAGUCCUUUGGGGCUGAUCGGGCGGAUCAGGAGGGUACAAACGACGUUCUUUCGACAAGAUGUCCUUCUACUCCGAGCAAAAGCACCUCAGUGAAGCCGCCUUACUCCUACAUUGCUUUGAUCACCAUGGCUAUACUUCAAAGCCCCAAAAAACGACUCACUCUCAGCGAGAUAUGCGACUUCAUUAGCCACCGCUUCGCAUAUUAUCGAGAGAAAUUUCCAGCAUGGCAGAACUCAAUUCGACACAACCUGUCACUGAAUGACUGUUUCGUCAAAAUGCCUCGCGAGCCUGGUAAUCCGGGAAAAGGAAAUUACUGGACCCUGGACCCGAACUCUGCGGAUAUGUUCGAGAACGGGAGCUUUCUAAGACGACGGAAACGCUUCAAAAGGCAACACUUCAGAUUCGGAGUGCUCAGAGAACAAACGCUCGAGCCCAACACCUUUCCGAGCCUCGCGUAUGGCGCGUAUGGACUUGGCACCUCCUGCAUGCAGUUGCCAAGUCUCGAGAUCUAUCCACUGGGCUUCCAUCAUCAUCAUCAUCAUCACACACACGCGUCCUGUUCGCCCACCGGCCCACCUGUUGACAGCAUCCUUCCGGCACUGUCAUCUUUAAUAUCUCGGAACUCUAUCCCGAGCAAGACUGUCCACCAUACCCCGACUCUACCUGUCGAGUCCUUGGCUCAAGCCCGUUGCGGCACCUUGUCCACAGGACUGAAUCCAAACUGUCUUUACGCCUCGUCUGCGGUCUUUCAUCCCGUUGCAUUUCCGCAUCUUCUUAACCUCCAGUAUGAAUACCACAAACUACAAACGCUACGCAAUUGCUCCGACCUUACCAAUAAACACUUGCAUUUGGGUAGUGUCAGUAAUUAG